AGCUCUCUACUUAACUCAAACCUCAAGGCUUUACAGGGUCCUGGAAUACUUUCUUAAUGAGAGCACAGUUUUCUGUCCACUUUCUUAACAUCGUGAAGAAGUGGCUCUCACAGCUUGCACGACGUUCUGCAAAUUCACUUUCGCUUUUUUUGCCUUUACUCCGCCGAUUUGUUUCUGGCCAUCUGAAGCUCGGUGCGUGUGGUCGGAGGUUGUUUGCUGCGACACAUUUUUCUAGCGAGGCUCUACUGCGAUCCAAAGGGAGUGUUGCAAGAGAGCAUGCACCCACUUGCUUGAGUUCCCUGCCUGUAUCUUCCUCGGACGAUCCUUAUUCGAGAAUCCAUUCACAAAACUCAGAACAUCUGCGAAAAAGUACAGCGAUACCUUUGUCACAGACAACAACACAGGAUGGGAGUACUGCAGAGAUCUAUGGGGGCUCUAUGUCAAGUUUGCAUCAGUCAUUGUACACGGGAGAAAGCUCGGGGAACGACAUGGAUCGGCCCUUCCCCAACGAUGACCCAUUAGAGGGGUCCGGUAGUCCAGGCCCAUCACGUUCUUUAGGCCCCUACAGAUUGUCAAGGUCACAUUCACGUUCGCAGAUGCACACGAAUGAUGAUCGUUUUCUGGUUGCUGGAACGCCUACGUCUACGAUCCAUGCGGAGCUUGGCAUGACUCAUUCUAAAUAUAGUCUUGCUUCUCAGGCCAGCAGUCAGUCCCUCACAUCGUCAAUCACUGGGUUACGACCGCACAAGGGAACUGUUUAUCAUCUCCCGGAACGCAUUCAUAGUUCCAUCGCGCUACAACCUGCACCACCAGAUCUUGCUACUGGUCGUGUUCGUUAUAUUGCUCCGCCCGGUAGCGACAAGAUGCCGGGCCCAGAGAUUGAGGUCCAUGAACACGCACGCCCAGGAGUAUUUCCUAUGGUUGCGAGAGGAGUUAUGAGGUAUGAAAGGUCGAUUCCCCGGUGAAGACAAGUCUUCUCUUUUGCUUGUACUCUAGAGCUGAUGUUGCAAAAGGGCCGCUGAUAGUACUCAGACUACCGUCCCUGCUAUGACAAUCACAUUUCC